AGGGCUAUUCUCAUUCAGUUAGCCUUUAUUUCUUUCUUGUUUUUUGUAAUUUCGGAUCAUUUUUAAAAAUGUUUUUAAGGCUUUUCCGUAGUCCCAACAAAAUUUUGUGUGUUGCCCGGGGACUGGGUAGAGGACCACUGACCGCCGUCAACCAGAUGCACCAACAGCGGCAUCUGUGCCACAUUGGGAGCCGGAGGAUGAAGUGGCAGAUUAAAUUCCUGAAAUCCCUGAGCAGCCUAAGGCAGCGGUACUGUCUGUGGCGCCUCCGCCGGCUACUGGGCGUGGACUUUGACGAGGGCGGCUUCCUGGUGGGCUCUCGCCAGGCGGCGGCCACCAUGAUCGAGGCCGUGCGCCGGUCAGACUGGCCCUGCAUCCGGGGCUGCUGUACGGAACGCGGAUCGGCAGACAUCUACGGGCUGUCGCGGGACCAGAGCUCCUACAACAACCUGGUUCGCUUCCAGAGCGAGCAUCUGCGACAUGCUCUGCCGAUGCGGGUAGUGCGGCAGUGGAUCGACGGACGGCGCUACGUACUAGUGGACAUGCUCUUCGUGGGCCUACGCAACCUCUAUGACUUUCCUAGCAUCGAGGAGAUGGAGGAGAUGGAGACGCAGAUACAGGCAGUAAUUCCAGAGUCUGAACCCCACGAGCUGGAACCCUUGGCCUGUCGGCUGGUCGUUGCCGAGCUUGUACUCACGUUUUGUAAGGAGCUGGAGUGCGAGGACACCUACGAGUAUUAUAUGGAGCUGGAUUCGAUUAACAACCCGGACAAUCCCGAGGCAGGCUGGCUGGUGGAUGCCUACAGAAUGCACCGCUUUAAGGUGGUCAGCUUUAGCCCGGCCACCUACAACAUUCGGGUUCGCGAAUUCCCAAAACCGGUUUAA